ACGGUGGAUGGCGCUUGGCGCUAUUUUACUAUCUCGAACUGCAAACCAGCAGUAUUAGAAGGCCGCUACGGUCGGAAAGCGGUCUAUCGCGCGAAACGAUUUCAACACGAUCAGUAAUCAGGAAUUUCCUGAAAACUUAACAAACGUUGCUCAAGAAAAACUAAACGCAUUAAUUCACUCAAUUUUCGGCGACACCAAAACUUUUUUCGCCCAAACUUUUUUUUGAUAGCCGGCCAAAUUUAAAAGUCGUGCGACAUGUGUUAUCGCGUUGCAAACGGAGUGAUAUCUAUUCAGUCGGUUAUUGUAAUUUUGACAGUUCAAUGAAAAUAUUUACGUGACGUGACUUGGAAAACUUGUUGCUUUUUUGCGAAGUGAAAAAUUACUAUGAAAAUACGAAAUUAAUCGGCAACAAAUGGAAUAAUCAAUUAAUCCAAGUGUAAAACAAGUCGUGCUUCCUAAAAACUUGCUGAAAAGCGGAUGAUAAUACAAAAAAGAUGUACAACCCCAAAACAUGAAAUCGAACGUUCACAACACAAAAACAAGAAAUCCUAACAUAGUCAUGUAACUUUUGAAAACGUAGUGAUAGUGGCCAGUAGUAUUUUUUAAUUUUAUUCGUAAUAAUGUAAACUUAAUGUAGUUUGUGUAAGGCCAGUACUAGAAUAUAAAUAUUUUUAUACAUUAAUGUGUGACGGAGGAACGGAUGCCUUUCUUGGACGGAUUAUGGUGUUUUCUUUUUACAAAAGAGGCUGAUGCUGAGAAUCGGUCAAAAGGCGCUUAAUGGUUUACAUGGAUGAAAGGGAGGGCGCGGGGCGCCGGGAUCGCGCCGUGCUGCCCACCACAAUGGAGGCUUGCGUGCCUCCAAUCCAGUUGGAGCCGGUGGACCUCAGCCUGAAGAGGAGGUCGCCCACACCCCGUCGAAGGACCAGAUUUGUCGGUUCUGCCAUUCCCACUUCAUCCAAGCUGAGCAAAGAUGUCGACCACAGAUCUACGCUGUUAUUCGAAGCAAACCGCCAAGUACCUAAAAUAAAAGUAGGACCUGAUCUCAGAAGCGCAAGAAAACCGAAACAACAUACUAAUAUCCUAAAACCACCACCAGCCCAGAUCUCAGAGCAAGCCCCGCAAAUGCACCAAACGUCACAGCUGUCAAAGCCGCCAUUUUUCCCGCCAUUACCGUUCGCGCUCCCGCCAAAACCGACAUCUGACGUUGAAAUCAAGAACUUUCUUCUCAACACAGCGCUGCAGAACGCGUUGACGGGUUCGUUGAAUCAGCUGACGCAACGGAAAGCAUUUACGAAGACAGUUAAAGAUACAGAGGCAGCUGGGAAUGAUGAUGGGCAGAAUAGGAGGAGACUGCACAAGUGUGAUGUGGUGGGGUGUCAUAAGGUGUACACGAAGAGCUCCCAUUUGAAAGCACAUAAACGGACACAUACUGGCGAGAAGCCAUACUCCUGCGGCUGGGCAGGUUGCUCGUGGCGCUUCGCCCGCUCCGACGAGCUGACCCGCCACACUCGGAAGCACACCGGCCACAGACCAUUCACUUGUGCGCUGUGCAGACGAUCCUUUGCUAGGUCUGACCAUCUAGGACUGCAUAUGAGGAGGCACUAGCAAAUGGAACAAAAGAACAACCCUGAAGAAGACCCUUAAACCCAAGAUACUAAGCGAGAAGCAAACACCCAAGGAGAAACGAGUUUAAGAGCAGGUUAGAUGUAGUAUAAUAGGUGAGAUGCGGUAACAUAAAGACGCAAGUACUAGGUGAAGAACAUGCUAGGGACACACUUCAAGUAGAGCCCUACACCCAUGACACUAAGCAAGAAGCCCAAGACCCAUAAAGAGACCCUAAGAGAGAAGACUACACCCAAGACUCAACACAUGAUCUAUAAGGCGAUCAGAGAGCAGGUUAGAUGUAAUAUAGCGUGUCAGAUGCAAUUUAACAGGCUAGAUGUAAGAUUGACAGGUCAGAUGUAAAGAUAAAGUCCACUGAGUAACAUAAAAUGUCCAAUGAGUAACUUAAAAUGUUUAAUGAGUAACUAAAAUGUCCAAUAAGUAACUUAGAAUGUCCACUGAGCAUCAUAAAGGGUCUACUA